AUCACUGAUCAUCAAGCAGUCUCGCCGACCCCUUUCUCACCCGGGCGCCAAAAAGCUCUUUAUCCAAAAGAAAAAGAAAAUCAAAAACCCAAAGAGCAAAAAGAAAGAGAUAUAUAUUACAAAAAUCCUAGAAGAGCAUUCUAUUUUUCGCAGGCUUCGGGUCGAUGAGCCAAGCAUGGAGCUCCAGAACACAGUGAAAGAAGCCCUAAACGCACUGUACCAUCACCCCGACGAUGCGGUUCGACUGCAAGCCGAUCGCUGGCUCCAAGAUUUUCAGCGCACCCUCGACGCCUGGCAGGUUGCUGAUAAUUUGCUUCAUGAUGCCACUAGCAAUCUAGAAACCUUAAUCUUUUGUUCUCAAACCCUUAGAAGCAAGGUACAACGAGAUUUCGAAGAACUACCUUCUGAAGCUUUUCGCCCUUUACGGGAUUCCUUAAAUACUUUACUGAAAAAAUUUCACAAAGGGCCUCCUAAAGUUAGAACCCAGAUUAGCAUUGCAGUGGCUGCCCUGGCUGUAUAUGUUCCUGCAGAAGAUUGGGGAGAUGGUGGUAUUGUGAAUUGGCUUAGAGAUGAGAUGGAAUCUCAUCCAGAAUAUAUUCCAGGGUUCUUGGAGCUACUUACAGUUUUGCCCGAGGAAGUAUAUAACUACAAGAUAGCAGCUCGUCCGGAAAGGCGUCGCCAAUUUGAAAAAGAGCUCACCUCUCAAAUGGAGGUUGCUUUAAGUAUCUUGACUGCUUGUUUGAGUAUUAAUGAACUCAAGGAGCAGGUUCUUGAGGCAUUUGCAUCUUGGCUUCGACUGAAGCAUGGGAUCCCUGGGUCUGUGCUUGCUGCUCACCCCUUGGUGCACACAGCUCUUUCAAGCUUGAAUGCUGAGUUUAUUUCAGAGGCAUCUGUAAAUGUCAUCUCCGAAUUAAUACAUUACUCGGCGGCAGGAAGCUCUGAUGGUGUUGCUGUACAGAUGCCUUUGAUUCAAGUAAUUGUACCUCAAGUUAUGAGUCUAAAGGCACAUCUUAAAGAUUCUUCAAAGGAUGAAGAGGAUGUGAAGGCCAUUGCUCGAUUAUUUGCUGACAUGGGUGAUUCGUAUGUUGAACUGAUUGCUACUGGUUCUGAUGAAUCAAUGUUGAUUGUAAAUGCAUUAUUGGAAGUUGCUUCGCACCCAGAAUAUUAUUUUGCUUCAAUGACAUUUAACUUUUGGCACAGUCUUCAGGUGAUCUUGACCAAAAGGGAUUCUUAUUUACCAUUUGGUAAUGAGGCGUCCAUUGAAGCUGAGAGAAAGCGGAGGCAGGAUGCUUUUGUUCCAUCAUAUGAGUCACUUGUAUCCCUGGUUAGCUUCCGAGUUCAAUAUCCCCAAGAUUAUCAUGAUCUCUCACAUGAGGACCGCAAAGAAUUUAAACAGACUAGAUAUGCUGUUGCGGAUGUCUUGAUCGAUGGAGCAUCAGUUUUAGGUGGUGACGCAACGCUGCGAAUCCUUUACAAGAAGCUUGUUGAGGCCGUAGCUGGCUGUGGAAAUGGUGAAAAUAGUGAAUGGCGCCCAGUGGAGGCUGCGUUAUUUUGCAUUCGAGCUAUAUCAAAUUACGUUUCAGUUGUUGAAGCCGAAGUAAUGCCUCAGGUUAUGAGUUUGCUUCCCAAACUUCCUCGACAACCCCAACUACUUCAGACGGUGUGCUUAUCAAUCGGAGCGUAUUCGAAAUGGCUUGAUUCUGCCUCAAUUGGACUGUCCAUACUGCCUUCGCUGAUUGAUAUCCUCAUGAGUGGCAUGGGUACAUCUGAAGAUUCUGCAGCAGCUGCUGCAUUGGCAUUUAGACACAUCUGUGAUGAUUGUCGGAGAAAGCUUUGUGGAUGUUUAGAUGGUCUCUUCCACAUAUACCAUAGGGCAGUUAACGGAGAGGGUAGUUUUAAAGUGUCUGCCGAGGACUCGUUGCAUCUAGUUGAAGCCUUAAGCAUGGUCAUUACAGAACUUCCACCUGACAAUGCUAAGAGCGCACUGGAGGCAUUAUGCUUGCCAGUUGUUAGUCCUUUACAGGAAGCAGUCAGUCAAGGUCCAGAGAUGCUAAAUAAGAAACCUGCUCGUGAGUUGACUGUUCAUAUUGACAGAUUUGCGUACAUCUUUAGAUAUGUAAAUCACCCUGAAGCAGUAGCAGAUGCAAUUCAAAGGCUUUGGCCAAUCUUUAAAGCUAUCUUUGAUCUUCGUGCUUGGGACAUGCGAACAAUGGAGUCCCUUUGCCGAGCUUGCAAAUAUGCUGUAAGAACUUCUGGAAGGUUCAUGGGAAUCACAAUUGGAGCUAUGCUAGAAGAGAUUCAAGGCCUAUAUAAACAGCAUUACCAGCCAUGCUUCCUAUAUCUCUCUAGUGAAGUUAUAAAGAUAUUUGGUUCAGACUCAUCUUGUGCAAACUAUUUGAAAAUUUUGAUUGAAUCACUCUUUCUGAGUACAACACGGCUUCUCACAAAUAUUCAGGAAUUUACUGCCAGACCAGAUAUAGCAGAUGAUUGUUUUUUGUUGGCAUCAAGGUGCAUUCGCUAUUGUCCACAGCUAUUUAUGCCAUCUGAAGUAUUUCAAUCAUUAGUAGAUUGCUCUAUGAUUGGGAUCACAGUACAGCAUAGGGAGGCUUCCAAUUCCAUAUUGACCUUCUUAACCGAUAUCUUUGAUCUUGCGAACUCUAGCAAGGGAGAGCAAUACUUACCUAUUAGGGACUCUGUGAUUAUUCCUCGAGGCGCCACCAUCACCAGAAUUUUGAUUGCCUCUUUGACAGGGGCUCUGCCUAGUUCUCGAUUGGAAUCGGUAACUUAUACACUAUUGGCAUUAACUCGUGCAUAUGGGGCACGAGCAGUGGAGUGGGCUAAGGAGAGUGUUUCUCUAAUUCCAUUGACGGCUGUCACGGAAGUUGAGCGGUCCAGAUUUUUGAAGGCAUUGUCUGAUGCAGCUUCUGGAUUUGAUAUUGGUAGUCAGAAUGUUCCAAUUGAGGAGAUUUCAGAUGUUUGCCGUCGUAACCGAACCGUUCAGGAGAUUGUUCAAGGAGCUCUGAGGCCACUUGAGUUGAAUUUGAUACCUGUAUCAUAGGAGAUCGGAAAGUGACAAAAGGGCCAUUUUGCUUAGGCCACCGGUAGUCAUUAGUUAAUUUGGCUGUGUAUCAUGUGUUACAUUCUUUACUUUUUUCUUUUUUCUGUGUUUUAAUUACCAUUCUCCAAUUUUAAAGGAGAGUCAAUGCCCCCUCCUAUUGGGUGGGAGAGGAGCGACUGUUGUCUCUAUUGAUGAGAUGUGGGAUCAUUGAGUGGGGUCU